GUGCCGCCAAUCUUUCGCAAACUCUACACGAACUUCUCGAAGGACUUCAAUCCCGCUCACUGGCCUCGUCAUCAAACGUUAAAUACUCAGCUACUUGGUCACAGUGGGUGCGAUGGUGCACGGAAAUGCGACUGCCUAAAUGGUUACCCAAGGACGAAGAGCGCCAUUCAUAUCAGCUCGCACUUUUCGCAAUCUACUGCUGGA